CCGGACUUUUAUUUUGGGCUGUCGGUGUGACGUCGUAAGGCUGCGCGGUGCUCCGGUGAUUCGACUGAAGAAAGUGUGCAAACACAGAGAAACUGGUGAAGCAGCAGAGAUCCACGUGACACACUAUUAUAAAGAUGGCGUUUAUUAAAGUGGAGAGUGAAGACAUGAAGAUUGAAGAAGCAUUCAGCGUGAAACAAGAAGAUACUGAGGACCAAACAAAAAUGGCGUUUAUUAAAGAGGAGAGUGAAGACAUGAGGAUUGAAGAAACAUUCAGAGUCAAACAAGAUACUGAGGAACAAAUAAAGAUGGCGUUUAUUAAAGUGGAGAGUGAAGACAUGAAGAUUGAAGAAGCAUUCAGUGUGAAACAAGAAGAUACUGAGGAACAAACAAAAAUGGCGUUUAUUAAAGUGGAGAGUGAAGACAUGAAGAUUGAAGAAACAUUCAGAGUCAAACAUGAAGAUACUGAGGAACAAACAGACCUAAUGGCACUGAAAGAGGAGAAAGAAGUUCUCAAUGAGACUGAAGAAGAAGAUCAAUAUGAGAAUCUUCAAAAGACUAGAAGUUUCGCUCAACAGGGAACCCCUAAAGAUCAAACUGGAGAGAGUUUUUCUCAUAAAGUAAGUCUUGAGAGGCACAUAAAGAGUCACACCGGUGAAAAGCCUUUCAUAUGUGCUCAGUGUGGAAAAAGUUUCACUCUAAAAGAAAACUUCAACAGGCAUGUGAGAUCUCACACUGAAGAGAAACCCUACUCAUGCCAACAGUGUGGUGUGAGUUUUGCUCUACAUGGACACCUUGAAAUCCACAUGAAGUUUCAUACUGGGGAGAGCCCUUUUACUUGCCAACAUUGUGGAAAAUGUUUCGCUUGUAAAUCAAUUCUUGAGAGUCACUUAAGAAUUCACAAUGGAGGAAAGCGUUUUGCAUGCCCUCAGUGUGGAAAAUGUUUCAAUCAACGAGGAAACCUUAAAGCCCACAUUAGAAUACACACUAGAAAGCGUGCCUUCGUCUGCCUACAGUGUGGAAAGAGUUUCACUCAUAAAGGAAGUCUUAACGGGCACAUGAGAAUUCACACCGGAGAAAAACCCUUCACUUGCCAACAGUGUGGAGACCGUUUUGCCCACAAUGGAAACCUUAAACUCCACAUGAGAAUCCACACUGGAGAAAAGCCUUACAGUGUGUAAUAAGUUAAACUCAAAUCCUUAACAGGCACAUGGGAAUUCACAGUGGAGAGAGCUCAGUUACCUGCGUACAGUGUAGAAAUGUUUCGGCACUUCUACAUUUAAUGCUGCAGCAUACAACUUUUUUAGCUGAAUUGACCUUGUUUUAAAUUGAUGAAUGUCGGACUAUUAUCAGACUAAAUAAUGACAAUAUUGUCUUUUAGAGCAGCUUUACAACAUAAUUUGAAUUGUUUUCAUAGAGUUUCCUUGAUCAACUCAGUUAUUUUAUUGUUUGUCUCUGUGGAGCUGCUUUCAUGCAAUCCAUUUUGUGUAAAGUUCUACAGAAUAAAGGUGACUAGACAUAAGAGUUCACACUGGAGAGAAUUAUUUCACCAUGCCUCAAGAUCGUGAUUUUUCCAGUUCUUUUCAUUCUUUUCUUAGGGGUAAAGAGAAGUUGAAAAUACCUGAGCAGUCCACUCAUUUUGCUGGGAGUUGCAUUUAGAUGAGUAUGUAAAUAUUUGCUGCAUGUUUUCUUUUCACUAACUAUAAAUAUAUGAAUAAAUGUGUGCAUCAAUCGGAGUGCAAACAGUAAAAGAUUUUGAGGCAGGCGUGACGCGCUUUCUAUUAUAGAUUAAAAGAAAGGAAUAAAAGGUACGAUAAUAAUCGUAGAAUUGCAAUGUUUGUUCAUUCACACGAACUAAUUGCCGAACUGAUUCACCGAUUACCUCCACUGUUCAAAGCAUUUAGCAUGGUCGUCUGUGAGUUACGUCACCUCCCAGUACAAACACGCCCCAUAGUAUAGUCCCGCCCCCUGACAAUGACUGACAGCUUUCCGUGUGGACAUCGAAAAUUCAAAUGCAAAAGGAAUUGCGUUAUGACUUUGCUUUUUCAUUUGAAAUUUGACAGUCACUGUGCGCAAAAAACGCAAAUGGUAAUGCAAAGUUUGCAAUUGAAAAUCCGUUUGUAAUUCUUUUUGAAAAUUGGCUGGAAUAUCGUUCCAUACCAAAGAAUUCAGGCCGUCAUAUAAGCUAGAGGAGGAGUAACAAAGUACUAACCAUGUUUUGGUGGAUGAUUCCGUAUUUUUUUUCCUCAACGUUGAAAGAUUUCAUAAUUUUUAUGAAAUUUAAAUUAUUACUACUUGAUAUGGAAAUCAAAUUUUCAUUAAUUAAAAGAGUUUAAUAUCAUUUGUUUGAGGUAUGUUUCACACAACCAGAAUGUUGAAUUAUUAAACCAAAAUUGUUUUGUUUGAUAUCUGUGAUGCGUUUAUUUUUCAUGGAGUAAAAAAAUUGUGUAAACAACAUCUAAGUGUGGUGAUUCCAUAAUUUUGGCCAAGGGUUGUAAUUGUGAUAUAAUAAUGUAUCAUUACUGCUUAGUUAAAAGUUGGAAAAUUCAGCAUUUAAAGCAUGCCAUAAGGUAGGGCUGGGUGACAUUGCCAGAAAAAUCAUAUGUCUGUAUUUUUGAGCUGAAUGGUGAUAUACGGUAUAUAUCUCUAUUAUUAUUAUUAUUAUUUAAUUUAAUCGAUUUUUUAAAAUUUUCUAUAUGAUUAAAAAUAUAUAUUUCACAUCCUGCCCAUUAUUGUCCUACAAACAAUGUUUAUAUUGAAGGCUAUGAAAACAUUUUGAAUGUAACCAUGUCAUCUAUGCCAGAGAUCUUCAACCCUGCUCUUGGAGAGCUACCAUCCUGCAGACUUCAGUUCCAACCAGACUUUCAACUUCCAGCUUUAAAACACACCUGUCUGUCAUUAUCAAGCAACCCUGAGCGCUUUUAUUAGUGGGUUCAGGUGUAUUUGUUUGGGGUUUGAGCUGGAUUGGCGAAUGAUUAAUGAAACAUUAUCAGCACGAUGGCAUAAAACUGUAAAUUUUUUGUCUAUAACCACCCACUGCCACUUAUACCAACGAUGGAAAUAAGUGCAGUUAGAAUAGCAAAAUGUGUGGGAGAGCAUUGCUAUUGUGUGACUAUAUUGUAUUGCAAUAGGUAGCACUUCAGUGUUAAUGUUGAAUCAAGACUAGUUAGCACGUAAUUUGUAAUUGAAAUGAACAGUAUUUUGUUAUGCUUGAAUUGGUUACACAAUAGAUUAAGAGAUGAUGCAGUUAAAUUUACCCAGCAUGUAUGUGAAAUGCUACUUGAGAUAUUGUAAGAGAGAGAGGGGGGAGAGAUAGCGGAGCCUCAGCAAAGAAAGAGAUCAGUAGCUAAGGAUGCGAAAUAGAAAUUGUUACAAUCUUCUUUUAUCCAUUCCUUGACCAUGUGACUAAAACCCAAAUCUGAGACAUUCAAACUGACCAAUCAGCCAGAUUACAGCAUCACCCACUGUAUUAAAAGGUGUGACAAUUAGACCCCCAAUAGCCGUGUUUUCACUGUCAGGGCAAAACUGAACGUGCUAGUGUGUGCCAGAGCCAGUUGUGUUACCACUGUCACUUCCAGGGCUUGAUUGUGCCUCGUCUUGGCUUCCACAGGGCCAAUGACCAGGGAUUUUCAGCCCACCGAAUAUCUUGGGCCAAAGCGGGGCUUGAGGAGUGGUCAUGAACAAAGGCGGAGUUUUAAUUUCAAUGGCAAAACCAGCAAGUGUCUGAAUUAACUUACAAUUGCAACCCGAUGGGUCACCGUAUGAGGCAGAAAUGCAUCAUAUGCAAUGCUAAAGACUACGUAUGCUAACAAUCACUAUAAUAAAAACGUUAUGAUUAUGAAAAAAACAGAGACCAUAUAUGAUUGUAGUCAUGUAAUAUUUGGUUUCAUAUUUGUUCCGUCUCCUCCAUGUGUCUUUGUUGAUAUUGGACCUUUGCAUCCGCAUAUUUCAUAAAUUUCAUAUACUCCAUGUAACUCAGAUUUUCUGUCUUUUCUGCUGUUAUAUUUGUACACAUUUGGACUUAAAAGCCCUUAUGGAG